GUAAUAACCACUAAAACUAAAUGUAACAUUAAAAACAUAUUUUAUUGAACAGUGAAAAAACGACUAAAUCAGAAGACAGUGUAUUUUAUUUUCCGAGAAAAACAACGAAGAAAAAACGUCUUAUAAACAUGCAUUUUGUUUUCUGAGACCAAACACAGCCAAGAGUUAUAUUUAUUUACAAUCUGUUAAAAAAAAAAUGACAGGAAGUAGCCGCUUACUAGUUUAUCUCCCAUCUACACUUUUAUCCUCCAUUUUAUUUGAUUUACCAUGUAUAAUUUUAGCUUAAAUACCAUCUCUCCAGACUUUCAUCCACUAACAAACAGUAAACUGAUGAGUUAACACAGGUUUAACUGGUGAGAAAUAAAGUUUUACUGAAACUGUGAGUCAAUAAAACACAGUGUCUCAAUGUUCCACACACAAGAUAGAUAUUAAUAAAAGAAAAGAAUAAAAUAAAUAAAAGAGUAAAAAGACAGUCAAAAAUCAUGAGACAUUUAAUACUAAGACACAAUGAAGUAGUCCUGAGAUAGUGAUCACAAACAUUUGAUAUGGUUUUCUUGGUCUGUAUCUGCAGAAAACUGGAAGACAAAAGACAAAAUUCGUAGAGAUAACUAAAUUAAUUCAAAAUGAGAUGGGUCCCAUGGUUGAGCCUUGAGGAACUCCACAGGUCAAAUCAGCACAAUUAGACUCAUUUAUCACCAGCUGACACAAAGAAGUGAUUUGUUAAAUCAGACAAAUAAACCUGUCGCUUCUUUAAACACUUGAUGUUAGACAUUAGGUGUUUAAAUAUCACACUGACUGUGGACAUUUAAGUUGUUCUGCUGUUUAAGGCAAAUCCUAUAGAAACACUUUAAUCUGUGAAAAGUAAUCGUUCAACCCUGAAGCCUUGUCUGACUCCAGAUGAACGUCAACCACUAAAUCUUCUUCCCAUUGAAAGUCAUUUAGCAGCUCAGACUGAAUCAGAUACACGUUGGUUGUAAUUAGUUUGAAUGAAGAAACAUCUUCAGGUGAGAGAUUAAGAAUUGACGAAUAAAGGACGACAACAAAGAGAGAGUUUUAAAGUUUUAAGUUUUCACAACUUCAUUCUUUAAUUUUAAACGUAUUAAAGUGUGUGUUUUCUUGUGUGUGUUCCUGUAGGAAAUCCUAAUCCUCCUAAACUUGACCAGGCCGUUCAACCUAAAGGGAACUCUCUGAAAGUCACUUGGGUCAAGCAGGAUGACGGCGGCUCGCCCAUUUUAUAUUAUCUGGUCCGAUAUAAACCUAUUCAAGCGUCAGACUGGAAAUCAGAGCUCCAUCUCCCCAGCAACAGCGACUAUGUGGUCCUCACAGGACUGGAGUGGGACACGGAGUACAGCGUCUUCGUGAUGGCAGUGAAUCAGAAGGGAAAGUCUCCACCGGCGACUAUGUCCUUCAGAACAUCCACAGAACCAGCCGUCGUCCCAGAUCUGGGGGAGGAGACCGCUCUCUCCAUGAGCGUCGUGCUGUGGGCCGGGAUCCUCGUGGUGGUGUUUAUGCUCCUCCUGCUGGCCGUGGACGUCACCUGCUACUUUGUCAACAAGUGUGGCCUCAUCAUGUGUCUGUGCGGCAAAACCGGCACCGGAACCAAAGGUCACGACCUGGAGGAGGGCAAGGCGGCGUUUGUGAAAGACGAGUCCAAAGAGCCGAUCGUUGAGGUCAGAACAGAGGACGAGUGCACGGCCAAUCACAACGCAGCCGGACCCACGGAACCCAACGAAACCACGCCUCUCACCGAGCCUGAGCUGGCGGCUUACACCGCUGCUCUGGCUCUGGAAACGCUCUCCUCUGUAGCCACCAACUCUGACACGGCCACCGCCACCAUUGACCCAGCUCAGGACAGCCCCUCUAGCGAGACCACUACCCUCACUUGUAGCCUCUCCACCCCGGCCAACGACCCCUCGCCCAGCCCUGUCCAGGCCCCGGCCCCCACCCCGGAGUCCAACGCGAUCCUGCCGGCCCCCGUCCCCCUGUCCUCGUCCGCCGUCGAGGCUAAAAUGGCUCCGUUAGUCGAGCAGAGAGGGAGAAACACUCCGGAAGAAGAAGAGGAGAGAAUACCCGCUCCUCCUCCUCCUUUGUCUUCUUCUUCUGCUUCAUCCACACCUGAACAACCGAGACCUCAAAAAUCAGGGACACCCAUACCGCCAAAACGUAGACACUCACCAAAACUUAUGGCGCUAAACGCUAAAAACAGUCCUCCUGUGUCCCCGCUCGCCGCGUCGUCCCCACACGCUUUAGACGCCAAGAAAUCCGAGGUCAGUAAAACUCACACUGAGACGCCAGCACUAACUGCCUCCACCACAGAAAACACUGCCCGUCCAAAAUCAGACACCGACUCACACACAACUGCCCCGGACGCCUGUGGGCGGAGCCUUACUCACUCACCCGACACUGACCAAACUCUAAAUCACAUUCCCGCUGCCAAAGAAGCCGUCGCAGUGAACGCCGAAGAAUCUGCUCCUCUGGUCGCAGAAGUCCCUCCCCCCGACCCCGUUAGUCUACAGAACCACCUCGGCACGGCGGCGCAAUCCGACAUGUACGACCUCCUGACCCCCGAUGCCGCGCCCAGAAGUGCCGAGUUCGACUUAGAGCUGAUGAACGCGGGCGAGCGAGCGCCCCCGAUCCCAGCAGACCUGAUUAGCUUAGAGAGCCCGCCCUCUGCCCCCUCUCUGCCCAACGGAGACGGAGCAGACCCAGUUCUGGACGCAACCAAGACCAAGACCACUCCUCCUCCUGUCAACGAUGAGUACGGCUCCCUCUAGAGGUUUAUCUGAAAAUAUUUCCUGACGAGAAAGUGAAAAUGGAGGAGGCGAAGCUAUCGAACACGCUGUCGGCGAUCGCGGCGGAACACAACAGUGUCGUACAGACAGGAAACGCUGGAAGCAAAGCAUGAUGGGAAGAGGGGAGGACGAGAAAAUUCCAAAACACUCUGUUUUUUUCCCGACAAAGAGGAGUUUUUAUUUCCCGACAUUUUCAAAACAAACACGUGCACGAGUUUUAUCUUUAGGUCGUCAAAGAUUUCUUUUAUUUUUUUAUUUAAACCCGUCAGGACGUUUUAAGAGAAAAACCCUGGUAAAUAUUUACAGAAUCCAACUUUUUAUUGUGUUUACAGUCGAGAAUGUGACAGCGAUACAUUCUAUCAGAUGAUUUAAAAAACAAGAAAAAAAAGACUAUAUAUAGAAGAUAUUUUUCUUAUGUUAAUGUUCUUCUGCUCCGGUGUAAAACUGUUUGCAUUUUUUGUUUGUUUGUCUGUUGCAUGUGUGAGCUGCAAAGUGGUCGUAAAGUUUUGUUUACAAGGUUUCUUAUUUUUUCCUGUUCUUGUUGUUGUCGUUUCACUGCGUCUCACAGAUAAACUGAUUUAACGUUCAGUUUUAAUCAAUAAUUGGAUGUGAAUCUUUUUUUUAUAUAUAUAUAUGAUGAAGCCACAGCUGCUGCAGGAGAGUCCGAAAUUAUGAAUUAAGAAUAAUAAUAAUCGACUGAACACGAUCACUUUAUUCAAAAUGUAUUUAAUGUGCAAAACUCUUGCGCCACCUUUAGAUUUGUUUGUAAACAACGCUGGAAUCAUUAUUUUUGAGCUAUAGGAAUUAUUUCUAUCACAUGUCUUUUUUGCAGUUUUUUUAUUAAAACGAGGUCAAAGUUAUAUUUACAAAGUUAUAUUUAAGUUUAUGAACAUAGGACAUAUUUUCCUGGUGGGGAAAAUAGAGUUAACAAAAAUUGUAUUCAAUCAAAAAGUUCUCAUCGAUUCAAAAAAAUAAUAAUUCUCAUUAA